GAGAGAGAGAGAGAGAGACUGAAACCACACCAAAAGCUGACGCUCUCCCCGCCUUGCCUGCAUUUCUACUCAAGCCUUCACGCGCGACACAGUAACUUCACCCCACGUCUCCUCCCACUUUCCUCCUGCGUGUCACAGCCAUGGAGACCAGCGCACUGCCUCAAAUCAACACCCUGGACGACCUCAUAGGGGAACUGUACAAGGUGUUUGACGGUGACGAGGUGAAUGUUGAUUACGUGAACUACCUUAUGUCCUCCUACAAAUCCAACCCGCUGGACUGGAAGAAAUUCGCCAAGUUUGAUCGAUACAGGUACACAAGAAACCUGAUCGAUGAAGGGAAUGGCAAAUUCAACCUGAUGCUGCUGUGCUGGGGCGCCUCACACACCUCCACCAUCCACGACCACGCUGAUGCCCACUGCUUCAUGAAGCUGCUGGCCGGCUCGCUGCAGGAGGUAAGGUUUGAGUGGCCGGCGGAGGAAGGGAACAGGACCGACAGAAGCGAGGAAGACCAAGACAGACUGAUGGUGGAGAUCGGUCGAGGUGAAAUGAAAGUCAAUGAUGUUUGCUACAUAAAUGACUCCCUCGGGCUGCACCGGGUGGAGAACCCUUCCCACAGUGAGAACGCCGUGUCCCUCCACCUGUACUGCCCCCCCUUCAGCAGCUGCUCCAUAUUUGAUGAGCGCACCGGCAAGAGGUCCAAGUGCCCCGUCACCUUCUGGAGCAAAUUCGGGGAGAGAGUUGACUUGAAAAAGCCCAAAUCCUGCUGUGACUGAGAAGUGUCUUGAGGCAGGAAAGAAAUGCGAUGUACGUGAGAAUUCUCCCAGGAUGACGCCUCACCAUUUCUUUCCUGAGUGCUAGUGUGAGAGGAUGAGUCGGCAGACUGAGUGUUGAGGGAGGGGACGAGGGGACGGCAAUAGAUGAUGUAUGAAAGAAAUCAGUACAAAUAACUGUAAAAAUGACAUCAAUUGGUUAGACAUUUAGUUGUAUUAGUGUAUAUUGAUUAGAACAACGCUUCAGCUAAAAGGAAAUGUGUAAAUCAGCACAAACAUAUACAAAAAGAAGGCAUGAAUUGGUCAGAAUUUGGUUGUAAUGUGUAAUAGUAUUAUAUGAUAUUCAUUAAAAUGACAUUCAAUCUUGUAAAAGAAGUUUAUCCACAUUUCUUUGUACCAGGCCAGCAGAAAAAAAAAAAAGAAAGAUACAGUGCAAGUAUCUAGAAAUGAUAUGAAUUCAUUAGAAGUUGGAUUGGAAACUUGAUUGGAAUCGUAACAAAUAUCUGUAAAAUGAUAUCACUUGGACAGAAAUUUUACUGUAAUAGUUUAUAUUGGUUAAAACAACACUGAAGCUUAUAGCAAAAAUAUUGAUAAAAAAAAUAUUACAAAUUCCUGUAAAAUAACAAAUAACAUGAGUUUGGUUUGAUCAAAGAAAGCAUUAUGUCACUUGCCAUCAGGGCAACACUGCAGAGAGUAAAGGAAAUGAACUCUGAAAAAUCACGGUUAGUGUUGUCAUAAGUUGAUGAAAGGAAGACACACUAUAAAAUACAACGGAGUGGAAUUAUCUGUUGAUGAUGGCCUGGUCUGCGAGUCAGUGGUGGACUUCGCAAGUAUUGAUGAGAAUAUGUAAGUAAGCAAAAUAGGAUAAAAAGGAUAAAAGAACACAGCACGCAAAAUAAGAGGAUAAAAA